CUCUCCAAGAAAACGAAAAACCAAGAAAGUUGCAGAAAACAAAAUGGGACUUCUGUGUUGCCACACAGAGGAGCAAGAACAACGAUCUCCUGACAAUUCCGAUCAUCUUCAUUCCGAAUCAUCAAAUGCUUCUUCCCUUUCUUCUCAGCCAAGUCUACCUUCUGUUCCUUCCCUGACCCCUCCGGCACUGCAAUCCCAUCAAACUCAGAAUUUGUCUCAGUCUCAUCACCAACUCAUAACCACGCUCACUUCGACGCCUUCCUCUCCCGUUUUCUCCAUUACCCUCCAUGGCAAGUUCCUUUACACUGGCUCUUUCAACAGCGAGAUUCGCGCCUGGAGUCGUGGACCUGGUUUUAGUAGCAACCCACAUGGCGACGUCGUGUCAGCCAACAAUGGAGCUGUGAAGUCCCUCGUGGUUUCCGGCGACAAGUUGUUCAGCGCUCAUCAAGAUCAUAAAAUUCGGGUCUGGAAGAUCCAACCUGACGAUCCGAACCUGAGGUUCAAACCCGUAGCCACUCUUCCUACCGUCGGCGAUCGUUUCUGCAAGCUGUUAUCGGCUAAGAACUACGUCCAGGUACGGCGGCAUAAGAAGUGCACGUGGGUGCAUCACGUGGACACCGUCUCUUCCCUUGCUCUGUCCGAAGACGGGUCUCUGCUUUACUCUGCUUCGUGGGAUCGAACGUUCAAAAUCUGGAGAACUUCCGACUUCAAGUGUUUAGAAUCCGUCCGCGCCCACGAAGACGCGAUAAACGCCUUGGUUGUGUCCAGUGAUGGGGUUGUUUAUACUGGUUCUGCGGACAAGAAGAUCAAGAUGUGGAAGAAGAAGGAAGGUGAGAAGAAUCAUUCCUUAUUGGGAACUUUAGAGAAGCACAAAUCAGCUGUGAACGCACUAGCUUUAAGCACAGAUGGAUCAGUUUUAUAUUCUGGUGCGUGCGACAGAUCAAUUCUGGUGUGGGAAAAGGAUGGGAAUGAUGAAGGGAAGAUGGUGUUGGUGGGUGCUCUGAGAGGUCACACGAGGGCUAUACUGAGCUUGGUGGCUAUGGAGGAUUUGGUAUGCAGUGGAUCAGCUGAUAACAGUGUGAGGAUAUGGAGGAGAGGGCUUGACAAGAGCUAUACAUGCCUCGCUGUGUUAGAAGGUCAUAAAAAGCCUGUGAAGUGCUUGGCUAUGGCGGUUGACUCUAACCAAUCCAAUAAUAAUAAUAAUAAUGGUGGUUCUGAUUCGAGCAGUACCAGUUAUCUGGUUUACAGUGGUGGUUUGGAUUGUAACAUUAAGGUUUGGAAAGUACAAGUUCCCUUGUUCUGAGAUUUGACUUCCACUUUUCUUUCUUCGGGAGGGGAAAAAGAAGUUUUUGCUGUGGAGAAUUCGUAUAUAGAGCAAGAGUGUGAAAAAUUUAGAAGACAUAUAGAUGAUUGAAUGCCAUAUACUUGUACACAUUCGAACUGUUCCUUUGUUCCUUAUUUUCAGAAGAGUGAGUGAUGGAAUGCUACAAUUUAUUCAUUCAAUUUCUUCUUAGAAGGCUUUUACUUUGAAUUGUUUGGAUGGUGGUGGUUGGCAUGGAUAACUAAAAAUAAAGGAUUCUGGUUAGGUUAGAGUUUUAUAUGCCAUACAAUUUUUUAUCUUACCAAUAAGAGUGUUAUGUUAAGGCAUUCUUUGUUGACCUUUCG